AUGACACAAGUUUGGACUUCUGCAGACCAUCGGAUCAUCAAAGAAGUUCUGAGAAAGGGUACUUUUUCGAACAAAGCUAUUGAGCGAUGUGUUUGUCACAUUCAAGUGGAGAAGAUUGAGGUUGACGGAAUACCUGUUAUUAAGUUAAGCGAAAGAUUCAAUAGUGAAAUUCUCAAUGGUAUAUACGAUAAGGAAAUUACUAUUGGCGAUCUGAAUAGUGCUAUUGAUAGAGAUAUUGAAAGAGCAAUUCAAAUGAUGUUUAUCAAUGAACACAGUUUAGUAAUAAUAACUCUACCAUAUAGUGCCGAAGAUUCAUCUGAAGUUAAAUGUCUGAAGUUUGAGGUAACAUUGACUGCCAUUAAACCACAUAAGCCAAUUUGGGAAUGGACUCCCGGAGAAAAAUAUUUAAUGGCAUUAAAAUAUAAAGAGAAGGGUGUCGAGUUAUUUAAAGCUUCACGAUUCGUAGAUGCCUUUUACAGAUUUAGUAAAGCUUGUAAAAUACUCAUAACACUGGAACCUAUACAAGAUCUAGAAUUAAAAGAUAUAUUGGUAGCAGAUAUAAAUAAUCUUAAGUUGGUUUUGUACAAUAAUAUGGCAAAUUGUCAUCUACAGCGUAAAAACUUUGAGCAUACUAUAACACUCUGCACAAAGAUUCUUUAUAAAGAUGAGGAUAAUGUUAAAGCAUUAUAUAGGAGAGGUGUUGCCUAUGGUAAUUUAAGGGAUCUUGAAAAGGCAGCAGCAGACAUGCACAGAGUCCUUAAACUACAACCUAAUAAUUCUUUAGCACAGCAGCAUUUGAGCAGUUUUAAUGAAGGCUUGCGCACAGCAAGUAAAAAUUUCAAUACCAUGGUUCGACGAAUGUUUAAGGCAUAA